AUGAAUACCGCAUCAACUAAUAAGUCCGAUGAAAUAAUUGCAUCCGCACCCCCAAUAGAGCUGGGUUCGAGAGAAACUCCAGCAACUAAACAAGAUGAUCCGACUCUAGUGACAUUCACUGAACCAUUCGAUCCCGAAAACCCAAAAGACUGGCGAACAAGCCGUAAAUGGGCCGUGACAGAUGUCCUCUCUGCGACAGGCUUCAAUCGAAUAAUGGUAUCGACAAUCAUGGCACCAGCUCUACCAACCAUCGCCAAAGAAUUCGACAUGUCAUCGACUGAGGCGGCUAUGGCGCUCUCAAUAUACCUACUGGCCACUGCGUUUGGGCCUUUGGUUAUUGGCCCUUUGUCUGAAGUUUAUGGAAGGAAGCCCAUCCUACAUGCCUCGAAUAUCUGGUUCCUGGUGUGGAAUAUUGCUUGUGGAUUUGCGAAUAGCAAGGAGAUGUUGAUUGCGUCCCGAUUCCUGGCUGGGUUUGGAGCUAGUGCUAUUUAUGCCCUAGCUAAUGGGGUACUUGGUGAUGUAUGGCGGCCUGAGCAGCGUGGCAAGUCAUUAGGGAUCUAUCUAUUAAUUCCGCUGUUGGGUGCUGCUGUCGGUCCUAUAAUCGGUGGAUUCAUGGCCGGCCGCACAACCUGGCGCUGGAUGUUCUGGUCGACAUCCAUCUUCCAAGCCGCAAUGAUCCUAGUAUCAUUCACAGCCUUCAAAGAAACCCACGCCCCAACCAUCCUACUGCACCGCGCAAAGAAUCUCCGAAAAGAAACCGGCAAUAUCCAAUACCAAACCACAGAAGAACGCCUCCACGCAAAUAAAUCCCUCCCCAAAAUCCUAGCUCGAGCACUCAUCCGCCCCAUCCACCUUCUAACAUUCCACCCCAUAAUCCAAAUCACAUCCCUCAUCUCCGCCUUCUACUACGGCAUCCUCUACAUAGUCCUGACGACAUUCUCCGAUCUCUGGAUAAACCAAUACCACCAGUCCGUCGAGAUAAGCGGACUACACUACAUAUCCUGCGCUCUGGGCGAAAUAGCAGGAAGCCAGAUCAGCGCCAAGAUGAUGGAUGCUCUAUACCGUCGUCGGAUAUCUCAAUCAAACACUGUUUCCAGCGCAGACGAAGCCCACCGCCCCGAAUCGCGAAUUCUGCUCGUCUUCCCGGGCGCGAUCCUCGGUCCUUUGGGCCUCUUCUUGUAUGGAUGGGCGGCGCAGGCAAGGCUGCAUUGGGUGAUCGUCGAUGUUGGGAUCUUUUUUGCUAUGCUUGGCAUGCAGAUUACUGGUAUGCCGAUGACGGCGUAUGUUAUGGAGGCUUAUCCGGAGUAUACUAGUAGCGCUGGUGCUGCGUCGCAGUUUGUGCGGAGUUUGACGGCGUUUUUGUUUCCGCUUUUUGCGCCGAGGCUGUAUCAGGUUCUUGGGUUUGGGUGGGGGAAUAGUACUAUUGCGUUUGUUGGGCUGGUUUUUGGGGUCCCGGCUCCUUUGAUUAUUUUGUUUUUUGGGGAAAAGCUGAGGGCUAGGGCGAGAUUGGUGAUUUGA